UGCAGCCUUGGGUCUGUCUAUCGGUUAGACAAAUCAUUACUUGGAAGCUUCUUCCUCCUCCUCGACAGGAGGCAGUGCGGAGGCGGGGACCCUAGGAAGGUGCUCGGCCGGUAGCCUGUGUGUCCUGACUCCUGCUCUCAUCAUGACUCUGGCUUUGCUUCUUCUUCUGUUGGGUACCUUGGUACUCUCCCAGGGAUCCUCACUGUAUAACAGCCCUCUGACAGCCAAUGACCGGCCCAUUAUCGGUAUACUUGCCCAAGAGACCCAUUUUGAAGAGCUGCAGACGUUUGGUAAAUCAUAUAUCGCUGCUUCAUAUGUGAAGACCAUUGAAUCUGCUGGAGCAAGAGUAAUACCUAUACUACUUAAUCUUGCAGAGGAAGAGUAUGAAAAGAUCUUCAACUCUAUCAAUGGUAUACUGUUCCCUGGAGGAGCUGUUGACCUUGUUAAAUCAGAAUAUGCACGAGUAGCUAAAAUAUUUUACAACCAGGCUCUUGAGGCCAAUGAUAAAGGUGACUAUUUUCCCAUUUGGGGAACAUGCUUAGGAUUUGAGGAGCUAACCUAUCUCUCAAGUGGGGAAAUUUUACUGACUUUGACUGAAACUGAAGAUAUUUCAUUACCCCUUAACUUCAGCUCAAAUGCUCUAAACAGCAAGUUAUUUAAACAUCUUCCUAAGGAGUUGUAUACAGCUCUCUCCAGCAAACCUAUAACUGCAAACUUCCACUACUGGAGUCUCUCAAUGCAGAAUUUUACUAAGAAUGAGAAGCUGAGCAAAUUCUACAAUGUCUUGACAACAAACUCAGAUGGAUCAGUGGAGUUCAUUUCUACAUUUGAAGCCUAUGACUAUCCUAUUUAUGGAGUGCAGUGGCAUCCUGAAAAAAAUCCAUUUGAAUGGAAAAAGACCUCAAACAUAUCCCAUUCCUCAGAAGCAGUGAAAACAGCCUUUUAUAUGGCUGAAUUCUUUGUUAACGAAGCCAGAAAAAGUUCCCACCACUUCACUAAAGAAGAAGAUGAGACAAAAGUUUUGAUUUACAAUUAUUUCCCAAAAAACACUGGAAAUAUAUCUGUAUUUCAGCAAAUGUAUUUUUUUUAAUUGUCCGUGUAUAUAAGUGCAUUUAAUGUGGGAAGGCUGUUUGUGCUAUGCACUCCUUUUCAUUUGCAACUAUGGCUACCAUGUGAAAAGCCUUACUGUCAGUUACACUACAACUCACUUAAGGAGAAUCCUCGUUUGUCUAAUUUAUUUGCCAAUAAUUAUAAUCCUUCACAUUCCAUGUUGUAAAAACAAGUUCUAUUGUCUGAUACAGUAAUGGGGGUUAUUGUAACGCUCAGUGUUGGAAAUAAACGAAGGAUGUGCAGUGUUCAAA